AUGAAAAAGGGUUUGAGACAAGGUGACCCACUAUCUCCUUUUCUGUUUGUACUGGUUGUAGAUGUUCUGCAUAGAAUUGCUGGAGAGGCGGUCAGAAACGGGUGCAUAUCACCAUUGGUGGUUAGAAGAGACAGUAUAGAGUUGCUGCAUAUUCAGUUUGUGGAUGAUACUAUUCUGUUUUGCCCACCAGAAGACGAGACUGUGAAGAAUUACAAGCGGCUUCUCCGUUGCUUUGAGUUGAUGUCAAGGAUAAGUAUAAAUUUUGACAAGUACAGCUUGAUAGCAAUCAAUUGUGAAGGGUUAUGGAUUCACCGAAUGUGUAGCUUAUUAGGUUGUAAGGAAGGUAUCCUACCCAUUAAAUAUCUUGGAGUUCCCCUUGGAGUGAAUUCGAGAUUAGUCACGACUUGGAAGCAUAUUAUUGACAAGGUGGAGGAGAAACUGAGCCUGUGGAAAGCUAAGGUGCUAAAUAAGACUGGGAAGUUGGUACUUAUAAAAUCAGCGUUGAAUAGUUUGCCAGUGUAUUAUUUGAGCUUAUAUAAGAUGCCAAAGGUUGUGGCUGAGAAGCUGAUUUCUAUGCAGAGAAGAUUCCUUUGUACCAAGGAGGAUGAAAGGAAUCAUAUAGCUUUAGUGAAAUGGAAAGUGGUGCAGGCCCCUAAGAAGCUUGGGGGAUUCGGAGUGGGCAACGCUAUGGUUCGUAACACUACACUUCUGUUCAAGUGGUGGUGGUGGUUUGUAAAGGAAGAGUGUCCAUUGUGGAAGAAGGUGGUUUUACAGAUGGAAUUACUGCCGGAGGAUAUAUCCAGUUACAACUUCACUAAGACCGAGCAAAUUUUGAUCGAACCCAUUACCAUUGAGCAAAUAUGGGUUCGAUGUCCUGGAGACUUUUUGGUUCAUCAUGCUAUUGCUAUGGGUUUACAUACAACUACAUUGAUCUUAGUAAAAGGUGCUUUAGAUGCACGCGGUUCCAAGUUAAUGCCAGAUAAAAAGGAUUUCGGUUAUAGUUUUCCGUGCGAUGGCCCGGGACGAGGGGGUGGUGCCCCCAAGCAUGGAGCUAUUUGCUUGGUUUGUCUUGAUAGGAAGGGUGAGUACUAA